GCACGCGCACCGCGCGGCGUGGUCACCAGCCCGCUUCCCCUGUGCGCUAGGCCGUGACGUCACUCCGGCACCUGCCCUCGCUCGACACGGUGCCCGGAAGCGUCCGACCGGGCAGUAUAGCUGAUGGAGAAAGGUUCCGGGGCAGGUUUAGUUCCGGGGGCUCCUCUGCAUGAACCGCGGCGCCGCCACCGCCUCGGCUACAACAAUGAUCCCGAUCCCGGUGGUGGUGUGCGUGCUGGGGGGCUGGUGCGCCAUCUACCUGGCGGAUACGCUGCUCAAGUCAUCCAGCUCUCUGAAGGCAUCUUAUGAAGACUGGCUGCUGACAUACGGCUUGAGCAUCUCUCCUUUUCACAUGCGAUGGCAAACAGCUCUCUUCAACCGCCAGUUCUACAACUGGGGGAGAUGGAAACCCAGAUUUCUGUAUUUAUGGUUCAGUGUAGGGAUGGUGUUUGGUAUAGUUGCCAUGUUUGGCUCUGUUAUUCUUCUCGGAAAGACACUGAUGCAAACACUGGCACAGAUGCUCACCGAGGCACCGAAAGCCCAGAAUGAUCGUAUGCUGCAAGUUGUGGUGCCUGGUGUAAAUUUGCCUGUCAGCCAGCUGACCUAUUUCUUCUCUGCAAUCCUCAUCAGUGGUGUGAUACAUGAAGUCGGCCAUGGGGUGGCAGCUAUUCGAGAACAAGUACGAUUUAAUGGAUUUGGGAUUUUUAUCUUCAUUGUCUAUCCUGGAGCAUUUGUUGACCUCUUCACAACCCACUUGCAACUGAUCUCUCCAGUCCAGCAAUUAAGGAUAUUUUGUGCAGGAGUGUGGCAUAAUUUUGUUCUUGGUGUUGCAAGUUUCAUGGUUUUGUUUCUGCUGCCAGCCAUUCUUUUCCCUUUCUAUUACACGGGUGUUGGGGCACUUGUUACUGAGGUCGCCGAGGAUUCUCCUGCCAAUGGACCAAGAGGUCUUUUUGUGGGAGACCUUGUCACUAACCUGCAAGACUGCCCAGUUUACAGCGUAGAAGACUGGAAUUCCUGUCUGGGAGACAUUUCAGAGAAGUCACAGGUUGGCUACUGUAUUAGUGUAGCCACCCUACAGCAAUUAAGCUUUCCAGCUAGAGUCUAUAGAAGACUCGAUGGCACAGUUGAAUGUUGUAGUAACAACAGCCUCACAGACAUUUGCUUUUCAUAUAGCAAUAACUUGGACAGCCACCUGUAUGCCUGUCUGCCAGCACGAAAAGUUAUUGAGGCCAGCAAAGUUUGUCGAACCAGCAUGGACUGCCAGAAGGACUCUGUUCCAAGCUUUUGUGUGACUCCUUCUUUAGAGAACCAAACAAGGCUAAUCAGGGUAAAACACCUACCCCAUAUUGACAUGCUGUUUGUAGGACACCCCAUGCACCUUCAGUACACAGUAAGUCUCAGCAGUUUUGUACCACGACAAAAGUUUCUAAGCAUUGAUCUGCCUGUGGUAAUAGAGACAUUUUGCAAGUACCUAAUUUCACUGUCAGGAGCACUGGCAGUUAUCAAUGCUGUACCGUGUUUCGCUUUGGAUGGUCAGUGGAUAUUAAAUUCAUUCCUGGAAGCCACUCUGAGCUCCCUGAUUGUAGAAAAACAAAACAGAGAGCUUGUUGGCUUUUUAAUUUUGCUUGCUGGUAGCGCACUUUUGGCUGCCAAUGUUGCACUGGGACUUUGGAUGGUGACAGCACGAUAGAACAUUGGAUACGCUUCCAUCAGUUUUCAAAGUACACAGAAAUAAUGAAUCCAUUGCCUUUUAAAACUUGUUCAGUGCUGAGAUUGAAAUAAUUACCUUAAAAUGACACUGAAAGAACAAUCACUGGUGGCUGCCGUUUUAAUUUAAAACUGUACAACAUUGUGCCUGUGGUCAUAGGAGUCUAAUAGAAAGAAGUAGGAACCUUUUUAUAUACUCUUGAAGCACUGUACUAAUUUUGGAGAAGUUGCAUUGUAAAAUUUCACAGGAAAAAGCCUAAGACUUCAUUAAUUUGGAUCUCAAAAUACGGGAAUUAUUUGGCCUCAAACGUUUGUAAAGUGGGAGAAAAAAACCACUUAGGUUUUAUUUUAUAGUUUGAAUAAUUGUCAGAAAAUCUGUGUGGGCUGUCAUCAUUUUCAGUCAGCAUAGUCUUGCUUUUGUUUUUCAAAUCUGGUAUUCCACCAAACUGGACUCUAAGAAGCCCUAAAGCCUGUUCUCAAAAUGGUGAAAAGCUAAAUAAAUGCUUACCAUGUGUUAAUGAGGAGAGAGAGGCCAUAUGGGUUAGUGACUUUCCUUUUCAGCCAGCCAAAAUGACUGGAAGCAUGUUGUCCUCGGGAUGUAGAUGAGAAGUGCCAAUGUCUGUUAAAAGUGAGGCAUACGGGAGGAUAACAAAGCCCACAUGUCUGUGUUUCUUACAUGUUCAGUUGUAUAUGAUCUUACGCAGCUGAAGAUUUUUUUAAAGGCAAUAUUUGUCAGCAAUAGCUACAAGAUAACUCAAAUUUAGUUUCUGAGUGCUGAAGUAUGCUGUGCACAAUUAUUCCUAAGUGAUAAGUAAUGUUUGUGUUGUUUUACUCAGAAAAUAAUACUGUAUUAUACCUGUUUACAGUUAAAAGUGAAACCUGUUGUUUUUAUGGUGUCUAUCUUCUGAUGCUAUGCAUGUAAUAUGUACAGUAACUCACUGAUGGUUUUCUGUCUUUCAAAGGGUUGUUUUCCUUUGCUAGGAUUCAUUCUGUUCAAAGAUAGCUAACAAAGAUGUUUAGCUGAAGCAGGUCUUGGAUCAGAAGAUUAGAGGAAGAAUAUGAUCGUGAAUUGAACUACUUAAACAUUUGUCUUUGCUUUCUGAGAUGAAUACAGACCAUAUGCUUGUUCUUUAAUGAACAGUGGAAGAACAGUCAGUGUUUUGCUGACCGAAGUAUGUCUGACAUACUUUGAAGCUCUUUUAAGUCUGUAAUAUUUUGUACCCAAUCAGAUUAUAUUUUGACCGUCAUGUCCUCCCAUGAUAUAUUGCCUAGUUUAUACAAAUCAGGUUCAGUCAGAGCCUUGCCUCAAUAUAGGCUGAUAUUUAAACAAACGAACAACAAAAAAAAAAGUCCUGGGUAAUUUUAAAAGCGGGGUUGAGCCCAAUUCCUGAUGCUAGUGCACGGAUUCGUAACUCUGAUGUUUGCAUUUGCCCACUGAUGUGUGUGUGACGGUAGUUUUACACAGUAGCCUUCACACUUAGUUAGGAUGUAUUCUUUUCUUAACGUGAUGCAAGCAGUAAUGAGAGAGCGUGUUUGUUUAUUUGUUGUCAUGUUAGUUCACUUAGGUCUCCAGUGCUGUCACAGGCCUCUUGAAGUUUACCUCUGUGGGGUGGCAUGGCAGGUCCGUCCCCCUCAUUUUCAGUCAUUUCAACCCAGGCAUGUCGGCACCGAUCCCGGUAAGAGAGAGUAAAUCCUCCAGUCAAUCCCGCGUGAGUCAGGCCCUUUGGGGACUGCUAAAAGUCACACAAACUGCAAGAAAGGAAGAACAAACUAUCAGAAACUGCCGGUGGGCUUCUCUUUCUUCCGGAGACGCCCUGAAAGUCUUAACUCAUCCUGACUCCUGGAAACAGGGACGGGAGCAGCCUGGUUCUUGCCCAGAGCCUGGCUCUGAGGCUGUGCUCCAGAACCUGCUCGCUCACCUAAGUGGCUGCUUACUAAUCUGAGCUCUUCCGUUCAGUGCCUCUGUGCCACUUUCCUCUCUCUCUGGGUCUUGUCCAAUCCACAGUGCACAAAAUUAAUUUGCACUUAGGAGUUUUAAUGCAAUUUAGUAAGACGUGAUACUUACUUUUCAAAAUGGCUGCUAUUUAUGUAUCAGAGUUGCAGUGCUGUCGUAUUAUCUAAAGCAACAACAAAUGCAUCUAUGGUGAUUUCAAAAAUAUUCUGUGAAAAACAUUUCAAGUUUGAUAUUUCAUAUAUUCGUGUUGACUACAGCUGUUUGGGACAGUCUUUUAGCAUAGUACGCUCCUAGAGAUGAAGGCAAGAGAUUUAAAAAAAACAAAGUUGCUGAAUUAACACACACAAGUUACAUCUGCUAUAAUCAGGCUGGCAGGUUGUUCCUGGUUAUUUAUGUGCUACUAAAACAUGAUGUUUUAUCAAAGGAAACUAAAUCCAGUUUAUUUCACUUUACACAAUCACUGAAAGCCACAGCUGCACUAAGUAGAACUUCAGUCUGGGUUUGACCUCAUAAUCAAAAAGAGGGUGGAGAAGCCGUCAGUCAUGGUUUUAGCAAAAUGGACACGCUGGUACACUGUAAAGACCUUGGUUGUCUUUUAUGGGAGAGAUAGUACUAGAAGUGUUUAAAAAUAAUUCAUGAGUCCAUUUCUCCAUGUGCUGGGAUUUUACUAAGGGUCAAUUUAAGUAUGAAUGGGUGCUUUGAAUCAAGACUUGAAGCAAACUGGGUAUGAAUGGUGACCCAGCGCAUCUUAGAUCAUCUGUGGGCAAAGGUAAUAGUUAAGUUGCACAACGCCCUGAAGAAAAAGUUAUUCAGUGGAUCCAUUUCAUUCUCCUGUAAUCCUAACAAAUGGAUUACAUUCUGAUAAGCAAGUGCCAUACAUACAGUUACUGGGAGGGGUUUUGCUGGGUUUUUCUUUGUUUAGCAAGAGAGAACACAGGAUGACACAGCACAUUUUUUGUGUGUCAGAUUUUUACUCUAGAGUGUAUGCGAUGUUUCUUCUAUUUCUGUAUUUGUAAAAAUUAAAAGGAAGCCUUUCCUUAAAAUGAAAUCUUUCCACUUCUCAUUCUAAAUAGCCCCUCAGAAUGUAAUGUAUUCUUUAAUACAGAAUCCAUCGAUAUCAUUAUAGGGCAUAUUGACUGGAAUAUGAAACAUCACUCUGAAAGAUUGGAUGGAUACCACUACUUAUGUAUAUACUAUGAAUUUUUAAAUCUGUAUCAGAUGGAAAAAAUAAUAUCUAACAUUGGGAAGUGUUAUACAUAGUUUUUACUUGAAAAUUGCCAGAAUUCCAUAAUUAUCAUUAGUCAUUGUUCUGAUUUGGUUUUUAUGAGAAUUUUUUUUAUAUCAGCAAAGACUUCUAUAGCAUGUUCUGCUAAUGCAUGAUAUGACAUGAAAGAGGCUAACUUCUUAGCAUGUGGGAAGUUACAUGCUCUUUGCUAACUUAAGAAAUUAAAACCAGCAUGCUUCCAGUGAAAUGAAAGAGACUUUGCUAGAAAAAAUAUAGACAAACUUGCAGAUUAGUCAGCCCAAAUUUAUAAGCCACAGUGGAAAAUUUGUUAACUCAUCCUUUUUAUUUAGAAUGAAACAAGCAACUGUAUUGAUGGUUAUGUUUUUCAGUGAUGAUUAUUCUGCAUUUGUGUAUAUGUGUGUGUAUACAUGUGUACAUAGAUAUAAUGGAUACAUACCCAGCCACAGUCUGUACUGCUCCUUUUUUAGGGAUAACUUACACCAGUCCUCCAUGCUCUGCACUGUAGCCUUUUUUUCUUUCUCUCUAUGAAUUCCAUGGCUUUCUCUGGAUUUUAAAAUUGCAGCUAUGUUUUUCUCCCAUAACUGAUCUAAUUUCGUUAUUAACAGAAGACAAGUGAUUGACAUAAUGUAACCACAGCUGCAUGAGUUUUGUUCAGCUGAUCUUUAAAAUAUGUUUCUUGCUUUCUGUGAGGCCUCAGCCACAAGCAUGGUAAACAGAUUUUCAGGGUGACUAAAAGAGGUCAGCCUUAGGAUCCAUCACUCUUUAAAUGCUGCUAUUUGUUCUGUUCUGGAUGAUAGCUGGCCUGAGUGAAACUGUGUAGAGUAUACUGAAGAAAUAACAUUUUCAGGACAGACCUUCCCAUGGCAGUCAGGAUGUUUCAGCUUUCUUAAAUAAGGAUAUAUUUUUGUUGUUUAGAACAUCAACAAUCCAAGUUUUCUAAUAGUUUCCUAUGCAUUUUAUGUGAUGGCAAAGGGUGACCUGUAGCAAGUAAGUUUUUAAAUAAAUUCUGUAUGUCUUUUAUCUGAAAAAUCUGAAUUUAUAUCUGGCUAUCUUUUAUGAGAGAUGAAGAAGGGUUGUAAGGGUUUAUGUAGCCUAGUCUGUAUUUAAUUGUUUUUAAAAGAUGUGAGUUAAACUCUAGAAAUAAAUAGUUAUUUGUAAAAUAUGCAUUCUAUACGCCUGCAUUCAGACCAGUUCCCACAUCCAGUCUUGCUUCAGCUUUGUUCUUGUAACUUGUGAGUAAGGAAGCUGAAUCUAAGCUUCAGGUAAGAUCCAAUAUUAGCAGUUAUUUUAUACCCUCUUUAUCCUGAAUUUCAUGUAACACUAGACUAGUUGCUGAAUGUGGCUGAGUUAUCUGGGGCACGUAUCCUGUAUUAACGCAGCAUUUGGGAAGUGUUGUACUAAAGACUGCCAGAAAAUGGCAGCUCUGUGACACUUGCUCCUUGGACUCAUCCACUCCCCUCAUGUGAAGAGCAGAUGGCAGCGACUAAGGGCAGCGAAGAGCCUCAGUUUAUGGCAGCUUUAUGAGACCUUCCCACUGCUGACCCAGUGUGAAAGGACGGGAACAAAGAGCAGGAUAUGACACUGCAAUUCCAUUCAUUCCAUUUACAUGGGCAUGAAACGUGAUGAGAACUUGUAAUUAACGUUUCAGAGCAUGCAGAUAUGUUUUCCAGCCCUUCACUGAAUCAUUCAGUGACUGGUAUUCACACUUUUUUUAUUUUUUUUUUUAAUACUGUGUCAUUCCAUUAAUAAAUAUGUGCUGAGUAAACAGUAUGGGUAGCUGUAGCUUAUUUAGUAAAUUGGACUUGGAUAUUUCUCACCUCUAGAUGUUCAUCUUGGGUUGGUUUUUGCGGCAUCAUAGUGUAAUUGACCUUCACUUGAUACUCGCUUGAAAGCCUGGAGGCUAUUUCCAAGCCAUCACUAGAGAAAUCUAGUGUCUUCCUUCCCAAGUUGGUUGUUAAUAUUUUAAAUUCUUCUUUUCCUCACAUAACUUUGCUUUUAGAUUUCAUCUGCCCAGAUGAUCUUAUCUGAAGCCUGUCAAUGGAAUAUGUAUUGUUUUGAAAUUCACUGUGGGUUUUUUCCUCUACGUAGCCUUAUUUUUCACGCUGACUCACAGCUGUGGAAUGUUAGAUUUCUAGACCCUUUGUUCCCACUAUGCAUUGUUCAUGAUCAUGUUUAAAAAAAAAAAAAGAAAAAAAGAAAGCUUCAUUUUGAAAAUGUCAGCUAACAAAUAUAUGGAACACUUUGAAUAAUGUAUUGUGGUUUUGUUUUGGUUUUUUUUCUCUAUUUAAUCAACCAAACAAUAAGUAUUGUUUUCUAUGUAUGAUAAAUGUAUCCUGCAAAUAAAUUCAUUGUUCGAUUGUUAGUGUGCUUAAAUCUGUUUUUAAAAAUAAGGUGAGAGUGACAUAAUUCCUUAUUUGUGGCAAUGACCAUAUUCUCUCAUAUACUCUCAUACUCUUCGUAUGUAAUUUAUAUUCUGUCUCUGGUUACUGACAGUGUACCACAAGGUACCACUAUCCUUUUCAGUAUCUGACCACCUCCUAAAAUUAAUACUAUCACUUUGCUUUCCCUUAUUUACCAGCUUAUCACAGUAGUAGUUUGCGUUAUAGUAGAAGUACAUCCAGACAGAGACCUACACAUUGUUCCGGAGGAAAUCUAGCCUCAUUUGAUGUGACGCGGGUACGUAGCGACUGCCUUAUAGGAGCAAAUCCCUUUCUCUUGACUGAGCUCCUGGGCAAUUCGUCUCUUCUGGAGUUGUGGACUUCUUGCUUUGUAGUGAGAUACGUGACGCGGGAUGCCAUAGUCAAGGUAAGUGAAACCACCUCUCUGGGCUUUAAAGGCCAGUCUUACGUGAAGAAGUUAAAAGUCGGAUCUUCAAAUGCCGCUAAGGUGAUGUUACGUAUUGCAGCCUUUGAGGUGUACGUACAGGCCAGAGCUGGGCACGUAUCCCGGCUAGUUCUGAACAAGUUUAUUUGGAUAUCCCGGAGCUGCCUGGGGCUGCCUUAGCUUGGUGUACCCAGGCUGUUCAGCUUGAUUUGAGAAUGAAGCUUCGUUGCUCUGUUUCUUGAGCAAGCUCAUCUAGCAUUAGCCAGGUUAUUUGUACUGAGAACUAAACUGUCCUUUGUUGCUUAUUGGACAAGCUGUUACUUUAUACAAGUAUAGCUGUUUCAGCAAGUGUGGCUUUGUUCCCAGAUAAAAGAUUGCCAUGAGAAAUAGGCACAAAGCAUGGAUCGGACACGCUGGUAGGAUUUCCCAGAUAGGGUGCUAUGCAAUUUUCUGAAUACUUGCAUGAGGAGAUGGCUUUUUUUUUCCCUUCUCUCUUUUUCUUACUCAUGUCAAAGGUAGAGACAAUAGUUUUAUUUUUCCUGAAGCAUUUAAGCUUCUAGGAGGGUCCUGAGGUUUUUCAGUUGAUUUUGAAAACAUUAUCCCUUCUUCUGAUUAUGUAUGUUCUGUAAUCUAGGAUAAAAUCAAUGAUGUCUUCAUGUCAUCUUGAGGAAUGUUGCCUUAAUCACUAAUAUAAUUUCUGGAUAAGAUUUAAAAAGAAAUACUGUAUGAGUCUUACUGCUGGUAGCUUUAUAAAAAAGGGUUAAUAUAAAUCUUCCUCUGAUUGUACUAAUUUGAAUCACCAAGCAGAAGCAUUCCUAAACAUCUUUAGUAGAUCUAUAUGCAUUGAACUCACUUCAUUAAAUCUUUAAGAUUUUUAUGAGCUUUUGAUGUGAACUACCCAAUGAAAUACAAUUUACGGUUUGAUUUUAAUCUUAUGGUGGUAAACUGGGAGAAUCCACAGCAUUCAUGAGGUCUAAGCAGCAGUCACCCAGAUUUCGACUUUUUUCCCCUUUUUUUACCUCAGACAGAUGUGGGUCUGGUGUUUACUUUGAUGCUUUUAAGGCUCCAGUGUUGUGGAAACAGAAUUGGAUGUUCUUACCAACUGUGUAUCUUAUUUUCUACAUUUCUGAUUAAUUCUACCUCUUUUUAGUUCUUUGCAAAUAUAGUAGUGGCUGAACACUAUGUAACCGCCACUUCUGACAGUCUUGAAAACACAUGGUCAUACAUCCUUUUUCAUUUCCCCUGAAAGGAAUCUUUCAAAGAAAAAGAAAUACUUUUCUCUCUUUUUUUUUUCUUCUUCUUCUUCUUUGUUAAAUGUCAUCCUUUUUACUUGCUAUUGUAUUACUAAAGUGUCUGUAUCUUUUCCCCUUUCACAGCUCUGUGAGGAUCUCUUAUUAAAAUAUUGCAAGCUAUUUUUUAAAGUCUAAAUUCCUCUAAGCCUCCUGAAUUUGAUUCAGUUACCCACACAGGCAUGUGGUGUGGUCUGGGAUAUCCCAAGGUGUUCUUAGGUUAAUAACCUGACUUGGAACAUUUUGAAACUCACCCCCCACUUGUCUCCUUUUGUCUCCUGUUGGUUUAGGUCUUAGGGCUUCUCAGAGCUGCACAUGGGGCUGGCAGAUGGGGGUGAGGCCCUAUAGGAGAUCAAAGACAUUCUGGACCGGCAGCUGGAUACUAGGAGGGGUACCUGAGGGCAUUUUGUAUCACGCCAGAUGCUUAUAUGCGGGCAACAAAUCAAGCCAGACUGGCUCCUUUUCUUUCCUUGCAUUUCUUUUCUUUUAAAGAAUUAAAGUGGAAUAUGAGGCUUUUUGAGUGAGUUUUAUUUGACAUAAAAAUACAUUGAAGUUUUUCUGUUUGUGCAUAAUACAGGCUGUUUUAUAAAAGUUAGGCUAGUGGAAUACACGCAUUCUCCUCCUGCUCUGAACCUUAGGUCUGGAAGCAGCAGAAAUUAGUACUGCUGCCUUAUCUACAGCAAGAAAAAGGAAGGCUUAUUCUAUAAGGAAAAUACCAUCUGGCUCCAGGUGUGGAGUGGUGGUAGCAGCAGUGUACAGAUUCGCAGGAAGCGAUGAAGAGGCACCAGGUGGAGACAAGGCUGCGUGAGGGGACUGUGAUGAUCUUGGCCAACUGCCACAGUUGUGUACUUGACUCUUUUUUUCCUUGCAGGAGAAAAGAAGUCAUGAGACUUAACAGUUAGGAAUGGGAUGAAAACAGGGAAGGGCUGUGAGAGAGGCGGUUUGUUCAUUUACAGAAUCUUUAAAUCAGACAGAGAGCACGUAUGCUUUAUGAGUGGAGAGAUAAGUGCUUUUUAAUAACUCCAAGAUAAGUAUUUUUACUACUUUUUUUUUUUCUUUUCCUUGAAGCAUUUUUAGAGCUGACCUGAAAAUAAAGCUAACGAACUUCCAUCAUUGGUAGAAACAUGCCAUGUAGUAAGAUCAGAGAAGCAAUAAAAGCCUGUUCUUCUAGAUAGCAGUUCAGGGCAUUUAGACCUCAGAGUUGUGUCCCUCUCCCUGGUUAAGGAUUGGGCCCGAGCUUACCUUCAGUUAGUCUGGAUGUGAAGUCAGAACUUUUCUCCUGUUUCCACAUUCCCUCUUCAGCACGAGUUGACCUCACACAUGCAAUUAUUAAAAAUUAAUCAAUCCAUUUUUAUAAUGUUUUUGCCUCUUGGCUUUGUUUUCAUUCCUGCAGCUAUUUGAAUAACUAGCAGAAACUGGGCCAAACCACCUAUAUCUCUAUCAUCGCUGCAAAAUCAACAAAGCCAAAUUAUGAAUGUGCAUUAUAAACCACAAAUUCCUGGGUACUUACCACUGGUUAUACCAACAAACUUUUUUUUUUCCCCACUGUGACCGUUUACCGCUCUUAAUUAGGUGAUUGAAUUUAUUCCCUGGAAAUGUUCUGCGAGGCACUGGCAACGCUCAACGUGCUGCAGCGCUGAAGGAAAAAAUGGGCAAACCAAAACUUGUAUAGUAUGUUUUUUAACAAACAGACAAAAUUCGCUGUUUCAUUUACUGGAGCAGUGCAGGUAAGUUAUUAUUUUGUCAUAUCUGAAAGCCCUGGUUAUUUUUCCAGCAUUUAUCUUCAAAGUUACUCCUAAGGAGAGCACUUCAGUAGUUAAUCUAACUGGCUUCUGCAUACCCCUUUAACUGCAAUUAAAUGUAACUGAACCAGAAGUUAAAAUAUUACUCAAAUAGUUGUGAAAACUGUAACAUAGUAUCAAGCAGUAUUUUCUCAUAAGUGUACCAAAACCUAUUGUUCACUUGAGACUUUACCUAAGAACUGCACAAUUUUUUUAACCUUGAUUUUUUUAUCUUGUCAUGAAAAUAUCAAAAGCAAUUCUGAAGAAAGCAUCUCAGCUUUCACUUACAGGGUUACUUAGAGGGGCUCGCUUUUAGCACGUGCAAAUGAUGGUGUAAAAAUUAAACUGUAUCAUUUAGCAACAUGAUACUAAAUGUGACAGAUCACUCUAUUCUUAUAUAUGUGAUUCUCCAGUUUGUUUCUCAUGCUUUAUAAUAAGUCAAGUGAAAGUGCAACGCAGAUUAUUUGCAUGAGCUUUUAUAGCUGUACAAGGUACCUGAAGACAUUAAGGUUGCAGCCAAACCAGGAGUCCAAGUUUGGUGAACUUAGUUCAUCAUAGGAAGAAGGAAAAAAGAAAUCUAGAUAGUGAAUAUAGCUGAUUAAGGAGUCAUGAAACCGAACAUGUCAUACUCUGAUGGCAAAAAGAAUCCAGAAAAUGAACGGUCAUGCAGGUUUAAAAAAUAAUGAUUUUUAUUAUUAAUUACAAAUAAAUAAGUAAAUAACUUGAAAAAAUGCCCCUUAAAUGAUGGCACUGUUCUAGAUCAAAAGGGUGCUUUGAAAUGCAAAAUAAACCUCUUUUCUUCUGCCAUGGGUUUGUGUAUAUGCACAGAUGCUAAUUUGAUAAGCACUGGGUUAACUUCCGCUGACCUCAACUAUCAUCAGUUUAGAUAAAAGUAACGAUUGUUAGUGGCCUCAGAAAGCUGUGAAACAUAUAGGCUGUAGCUGCAGUGAAGGAAACUGAAAUGGCAUUGUCAGAUCCAUAAAUCAGAGCUUGCAGUGAAGAAAAGUGUUUCCGCAGUUCCGUACGGGCGCAGGAUGUGAGACCGCCCUGCGGGACAGAUCGCCCGCUGUGCUACACCUUCCCUCUGUCACCUGCAGCGGUCUCUUGGGGACAGACCCUGAAAGGGACCUAAGCGCCAAGGAUGGACUUAGGCCAGCGGAGCUCUUAAGCUCUACAGUUAGGACCUUGCUUACCCCGAGGGCAACAGGCCUCCAGAACUAGCUCAGGUUUUUACUCAAGAUAGCCCCGAAGUCUUCUUCUGCACGUGUCCAGCCCUGCCGCAGCAGCAGGGCUCGCACACGACAUCCAGGCUGGCAUCUGGCACUGACACGCGCCGUUCCUCUUGCCCGAGAGCCUCAGUCGAGCACUUGGUCUCAGCGUGGAAGUUUUAAAUCAAGCAUCUCACCAAAUGCAGCAGAGGUUAGUUCUGUCUUUGAAAACGCUGUGUGCACGGGUAGGAGCAGGAUACGGCAGAUGGGAAACAGCCUGGAUACGAUCCAACAUCUGGUUAGUGAACCACUGUCCAGACUGUUUAUGUAAUACUAUAGGUGAACUCGAGGUCUUGGCCAGGACCUACUUACAAUCUCCAGGGCAGAGCCACGAUGUUUCCAGGAAUGUUUUAAAUUGUGCCUUUUGGUUGUUGGGGUUUUUUAAUAUUUUAUUUGUUUUGGAGCAGGAGGAGUUUGGUAUCCAGGACCAUUAAUAUCAUCCAGUAGUCUGUGUGGGGGUGCUUCCUCUACAGAUGCGUACAAACUGUGUAAGAAUGAGAUGCUUUCUGGUUUGAGUGGAAUGUCAAAGAGAUACUGCCAAUUUUAAGCUUUGGGGAAAAACUGACUAUUAUUUUAAAGAAUAAAAGUGCUUUAAUAUUUGAAUAGCUGCUUUGCUUUUCUACAGUAUUUGCUGAAAUAUCUUUUCUAUGUUUAAAAAACCCAUAAAUCUAACUUUCUUCACAGCCUAGGAAGCGUACAGCUUUGGCCAUGGAAGUUUAUGAACAAAGGAGCUUUGAAAUGGGCAGUCUCCUCUUCAGCUGCUCCAAAUGUUUGACCUUGAUGUAUCAUUGAGAAGAAACUGUGACAAGCUUGUUGCUGAUAAAACCUUGCUGUUCUCCAUCUGUCUUAAGAACUGCUUAAAUUAUUAGCCAGUCAGGCAUCUGAAGUUAGAAAUUUCUGCUGCUGCAGCCCAGGCUUUGGAAUCCUGUCCUAGGAAAUCUAACACUGCAGCAAGACAAUUAGACCUGAUACCAGAAGACUGUAGGUCCAAAUUAAACAGAGUCCAUGAAGUAAGCCCUGAAUAUCAUGUUCACACGAAAACAGAGCCAAAUUAUGCACGAGUAAUAAAGCUGUUAUCAAGAUGAAAA